CGUGAGUGAAAAUUGGAAGGUUGCGACUUUUGCGUUGAAAGAAAGCUUCAAAUUUCUUCAGCGAGUUGUACAGAAUUACCCUAGAAAAUUUAUAUAAAGAAUCGGACGUCAUAUAUCAGAAGAAUAAAGCCCGUUGAAAGAAUCGAAACGUCAUGAACGCGUGGAUAUUCUUCGGCUUGCUGGCCUUCUUCUCUUCAACUACGUAUUCGGCAAAUAUCACAACCCUACCCAAGCCAUCGUACUGCAAGGACGACACGUUAAAGGCGCAAUGGUGGAGUAUUCCUCCGUACAUAUACAAGGACAAAGAUGGCAACAUAAACGGAAUCUUCAAAAGAGUUUUAGACGACAUCGUUAAGCACUGCUGCAAUGGCCACACAAACAUCACGUACGAGCCACUUCCACUUAACGACUCUGAGGUUGUCAAGGACCACAUCGGUGAAAACGGAACAGUCAUCAGUUUUCCAAUAUACGGCGAGAUGAAAGAUACAACAUUCCAGAAUUUCCCGUACAUGCCUGUGGUGGAAGCACCGGGAGUGGUGUUCAUCAUGACCACCGAAGAUUCUGCGAACGCCGCAGAAGCGGUGAUGGGUGCAGUCUUUCAGGGAUGGCCUGUACUCGUGCUUACGUUGGUGAUGGCUGCAUUAUCUGGGAUCAUCAUAUGGGCAUUGGAUACUUAUUGGAACCCAGACGAAUUUCCGCCAUCGUUUUUCCAAGGAGCAUGGGAAGGAUUCUGGUGGGCUUUCGUGUCGAUGACAACAGUGGGAUAUGGCGAUCGUUCACCUCGUUCAUUCUUCGCACGGGCUUUUUCUUUUGUAUGGAUUAUGAUUGGUCUCGUAAUCAUCUCGAUCUUCACGGCCACCGUGACCACAUCAUUGACAGCAAUCAGUUUGAGCAACGAAAUCAAACUCUAUGGAUCCGACGUUGUCGCUCUCAAGAACACAGAAGAGCAAAGAUUUGGUGUGCGAAAUAACGCUAAAGUUGGAGUCCGUUUUACAGUGGAACAAAUGAAGAACGCCAUAAUCAAUAAGGAAGAUGACACGAUUGGAGGCUUAUUGGACAGCUACGUAGCAGGGUACUGGGCACAAAACAAAGACAACGUGGCACAACCUUUGGCCGACCCGCUACUGCAAGUUGGCACAGUUUUUGAUCAUCAGUUCGCGUACGGAUUCGUAAUCGCGGCAGGGUACGAGAAAAACGAAGAAUUUGAGAAGUGCACCCGGAAGAAGUUGAACAGCAUGGAAACAGAAAUUACGAAGAUUAUUCAGGAUGAUGCAAAAACGAUGGAGGAAUCAGGAGAGAGUGCCGCAGUGCAGAAAACACAGAAUCUCUUUGACCCAGAAUCUCCAAUAUUCCAAAAAGCAAUAUUCUGUUCGCUUGGUUUGGUCGUAGGUCUGACCUUGCUGGGUUUGAUUUGGGAAUAUGCAUACUGGAGACCAAGACAGCCAAAACCUAAAACCACAGAAGUCGAAAGGGUCAUCACACCUCACACGUCCUAUGAAGAGCUAGUGGCCCAACAAAGCGCGGAGAUUGAAGAGAUUAUGCGCAACGAAGUGCAACGGUUCUACAACAGCUGGAACCAGAAGCUGGAAGAUCUGAAAUUUAGAAACAGCAAGCUGAAGGCCGCGGAUGAGCUCAAAGAAGACCAUCAUGAAAGGUACGAUGAGGAAAAACAGAGGCUAAGUGACGACGAAGCUGAAGAGAUGGAAGAGAUGGAUGAUUACAAUGAUGUCAACAUGCAAUCAAGGAAAUCUCCGUUCUCGGCAUCAGAUAUCUAACUCUUUUCUCUCAAACAAUGCACUUUUUAACGUUUAUGUUCUUUUUGCAAACUUUUCGAAAACCUCAAGCUACGAAUUUCUCAGUUUUUUUUUGACAGAAAAUUUUAUCUUACUGCGCAAGUGUCUUAUACUUAAUAUAUAAUCUCUCGAAAUUUGAAAAGAAAGUUUCCGAUUUCUCACGAUUUGUGACAAGAAAUACGUACAUUUCAAUUUGAAAAUUUGAUCAUUUAAUUUCGUUUCAAAACACUAGAAAGCAGUACAGAUAUUUAGCACAAUAUCGCUACUUCGUUGAUCUUUUGCGAAUUAAGGUAAUGCAAUGCAUGGAUGAUUAAUAGAUCGUUAUAUAAUCGUACCCCGGAAGAAAUACCCUCUCUAGUGCCAGUGUUACCAAGGCAAGGUGACGAUACAGCACAGCGUGUCAAAGAGGCAGGUGAACAGGAGAUUUUCGGAAGCAGAUCAAGAUUGUGGCGAUUUGAAACGGUUGUUCGGUUUGGGACUUUCGGCAACCCUGGUAGAAUUUUUUUUACCUUAAUUUAUACGAAUUUUCAGGAUAGUAUACUAUUCGCACUGUAUUAUCCGUAAUUAUCUAAGAGUGUAUCUGCUAUGUAUCUUAUAUGCUUGUGUAUAUAGCUGUAAUUAAAAUAAGUGUGAAAAAAAUUUCAGAUUACAACUGCAUGGUUUAUCAACAGAAUUUAUCGACAGGUUUAUUGAGAGUAGCAGUUAUACUCCACUUGUUAAAAGUUACCCCCGAAAUUUGGCCCUAUUUUUGGACAGAAAAAGAACCCCCUGUUCUGUGGUAAAAAUGAAACCCGUAAAUUUAUUCUUUUAUUGGGGUAAGGAUUUUA